AUGUCGUCUGUUAAUCCUACAAAUACUACAAACUCAGUCCCUAGUACCAUUUCAUCAACCAUAAGACACAUAAUAACUACGGCCGGUUCGUUAAUUUCAAAUAUAAUAAAUAACACCACGACGACCAGCUCUAGAAAUUUAAAUAAUAUAACAACAACCCAAACAACAAGCUCUAUAAACAACCCGAUAAGUUCUGGAUUACCUCAAAGAAGCCGUAGCGUGAACUUUCUAGGAAUCUCUAGUGAGCAAGUUAACUCAAUGCUAGACAGAUCAGCAGAAUUGAGACAAAACCUAGACACCUUGUCUGAUUCUAGAGACAAUAUAUUUUUACCAAGCAGUCAGCUCAAUAAUAAUACACAGCAACCAGCUCAGGGAUUACCCGGUAACGCUUUUUCUGGGCCAGCUCCAGUACCGGCUCAAACCCAGACGCUGGAUGUAAAUAUAGUGGGACAAUUAUUUGAACUUUUCCAAAGAUUGAGUUUAAAUAAUACUCAGCAAGCAGCUGCCACAGUUCCUCAAACUGUUACCCCGGGCAACAGUUUUGAUGGUGGGGAGAGACAGUCAGCUCACUUGCUGAAUGCACCUACGGGUCUAUACCCUAAUACAUCAAAUUACUACGAAGCUGACCGCGUAACCUAUGCUCACGAGAAGAAAUGGCGAGACAUACAUGCUCUUUUGAAAGUCUGGACUACUAGGUACCCUCAAGGUCAUGUAUCUGCUAAUAGUUUCCUCGCAUCAGCUGAAGCCACGGCUUUUCGGGAAAACUGGUCAGAGGAUGACCUGUUAAAAAUUAUGGCAUACUUGCUGAUAGAUAAAGCCUCAGAAUGGUACAAUAAAAAUUACUUACGGUGGGAAAAUUAUAAUCAAUUUAAAAGAGACUUUUUGAGAACAUAUGGCUCGCAGAAGACGGACACGCAGAUACUCUUAGAGAUAGUUCAAACCAAGCCGAAUGAGAACGAGUCUCCCGUAGACUUUGUUUUCAGAAUGCAAAGCAAAUAUUGGGAAAUGAAAACACCACCACCAGUUAAAGAACAAGUGGAGGUAAUACAAAACCAUCUACCAAAUAAGUUGAGGACAUUAAUAUUUUCCAGAGCGGUAGAAGAUUAUGAUUCUCUUUUAGAGACGAUACAUAAAGCGUCACAAUCAAACGAAGAAAACAGCAGACUAUUUGACUCCUUGGCGGCUGAUAAGUCCUCAGCCAAGCCUAAAGAAAAAACGCGUCUCGCAGCCUUGCAAGAUCUCCCGGGUACAAGAGUAUCCAUAUUAACAGAAAAUCAAACAUUUCCUCUGGUGAUAGAGGAGAUAAGAGAGGAAGCUGGAGGCUUGGUAGUAUGCGCAUCAGCGAGCAAUGCACCUCAAAGCUAUGCCAGAAAUAAUAAUCAGCCUCGUCAUUCCCAAAGAAAUCAACAACAAGACAAUAGAGUAUCAUACCCUUAUGCGAACAAUAAUUACCCGCGUUCUUACAAGGAAGUCACCAAUAAUAUGGAUAAUAAUCACCAAAAUACAUUUAAUCCGCCCUCUGGAGAUUUUUGUUUUAAUUGUGGGCAAUAUGGACAUGAGUUUGUUGCAUGUACUAACAUUCGGAUUGAUGUAUGUACCAAUUGUUUCAGAUCAGGCCACGUUAGACAAAAUUGUCGCAAAUUAUUUGGCCAAGCACAGUCGAAUCCACCAGCUGUCGGAAGUAACAAUUCUUUUUACUCACAAUCUGGGAACCACCCGAAUUUUAAUCCCCGUAAUCGAUCAAAUCGCGGACGGGUGAAUUACCCUUACAACAACUCAUACAAUAAUAACAAUAACAAUGUUAAUAAUAAUCAAAGCAGUAGCUCGUCAAAUCAGCCGUCAGUUAUUGUCCAGCAAGAACCUCUGAUACCAAUAGAAGACGGCACGAGCUCAACCAAUCAUUUAAACGUUUAA